UGCUCCCAUGAAAUGUCAGUGCUGUCAGUUUUCCUGAUUUGAUACGAGGCGAACCGCUGACGCUGAUGAUGUCCUUUGCACUUUGUUCGAGCGUACAUUUUUAAAAGCGAUGGUGUGACCAGCCAUUAGUUUGCAUACCUUUUCGAACAAACGUGCGUGGAUUAUUUCCUCACAAUUGUUUUAUAUUAAAUAUAAACUUAAUAUAACUUUAUAAACGAGGUAUACAAAAUUAAUCGAGAUGACUACUGAACAAAAGUUUCAUGCCGCCGUUAACGUAAUCAGGAGCUUGCCGAAAAAUGGAUCGUAUCAGCCGAGCAAUGAUUUAAUGCUACGUUUUUAUGGCUACUUCAAGCAGGCAACUCAGGGAAAAUGCACUGGGACGCGGCCAUCGAUAUGGCAGGUCGUUUCCAGGGCCAAGUACGAUGCUUGGAAGAAGCUCGGGGAUAUGUCCAAGGCCGACGCUAUGGCUAGAUAUGUUGAAGAAUUGCAUACAAUUGUGGAGACAAUGAGUUAUUCAGAUAAGGUCGCUAACUUUCUAGAUGCUCCGAAUCGGGAAUUGGACAGUUUGAAUAUCGAAGACUUGCAGCUGGUCGUCGGCGAUGUUAUUGAGCGUGUCAGGUCGCAGCCAAAUUCACCAUUAGGUUCCAGGGAAGCUUCGCCCAAUCGCCUGGUUUCAAGUUUAAGCUCAAGUAGGUCAAUGUCUCCUACAAGUGAAGAAACUGAACAAGAUUCCGAUCACAGCGACGGCGAAUUUAUGGAUACAAUCGAGACAAUCGAACACAAGAAACACAUUCCAACAAUUGUGAUACCGACUGAGCAAAGGAAUGGUCAUGUAGCGCGUCCAAAGACCAGGCAAAACUCUAUCGAUAUUUCGCAGGAGGUGGCGAAAGCUGUGCAGAGUUUGAAAACGGACAUCGACAACUUGGGAAGUAAAGUUCACGCACUCGAGAAGAACCGCAUGAGAUCGCAGAGGAGUAAAGGUAUAUUUGGGCUGUCCGCAUCGACGCUCGUCUUCAUUGUGAUCUGGCCGUUCGUCGCAAAUUUCAUCAUGCAUCGGUACCGUUCGCGGAACGCGUGAUUCUAUACUUCUUCUAUAUUUCAUUAUUUCUAUGAGCAUUAUAUUUGGUGUAAUUGUUACUUAUUGUAUAUUAUUAUAUUAUUUUUUACGCUCUUUUGUUAUGUACAAAGUGUACAAUUUUAUAUUUUAUUGGUUUGGAAAUAUAAUUUCUUGAGUAACA